UAAAGAGACGAAAGCAGUGAUCCCUUGGACCAAUUAUAAAACUCCCCUCCGCAAUGCAUUCACUUCACAGUACCCAACCUGCAGUCCGAGUUUGCUGCGGUUUGGCUUUCGUACGAUCAUUACGAUGGGAACGAUAACUACACUGAUCAACGCUACAAGAACGGAUAUCCAGAUCUGGGAGUAUCUUGUAGUAGAUCCAACUGUGGAUACAGGCGAUAUCCACAACGGAGAGAUUCGUCUGAGCGCUGGUGGCGCUGGUGCAACCAAAAGAGUGUACGGGAGGAGUUAUCUCCAUACCGAUGGCCAAGUUUCACUCCUGAAGAUUUGCUGUGAAGGCCAAGUUUCACUUCUGAAGAUUUGCUGUGAUGGAACCAAUGCGCAAACAAGACCGUUAAUUGCAAAUGAUUUCAUUGCUUCCCGAACGAUAACUAUCACGCAAGACCCUGUCAAUUCUCAAUUUGUUGCCACAAAAGAACGACGAUAUAUAGGAAAUUAAGAGGACUAAGGGGACGUAGCUUGAAUAACUCGACUGAUGACCUAUCUGUUUGAGGUCUUCUAGUUCCUAAGAUGCCGCUAUGACUAGUGGUUUAUAUCCAUUUUAGUUCUUUUUCCUUGGUUUGUAAUAUGUAUUAAUAAGGCUUGGACAAAAGGUACUACGAGGAGCUGUGAUGGGUUUGAUGUUUUGAAACUCUUGUAAUGGAUAAUUAUUGUUGAAGGCCAUUUAUCAAUAA